AUGGCGCUGCGCGCUAUGCGGGUCGUGAACGGGGCCGCACCCGAACUACCCGUGCCCACCAGUGGGGCGGUGGUGGGAUCUCGGGAGCAGGCACUGGCAGUUGCCGGAAACUACCUCUCCCAGCCUCGGCUCACGUACAAGACAGUAUCAGGAGUCAAUGGCCCACUAGUGAUCUUAGAUCAUGUUAAGUUUCCCAGAUAUGCUGAGAUUGUCCACUUGACAUUACCUGAUGGCACGAAGAGAAGUGGGCAAGUUCUAGAAGUUAGCGGUUCCAAAGCAGUGGUUCAGGUGUUUGAAGGGACUUCAGGUAUAGAUGCCAAGAAAACGUCCUGUGAGUUUACUGGAGAUAUUCUCCGAACACCAGUGUCUGAGGAUAUGCUUGGUCGCGUAUUCAAUGGAUCAGGAAAGCCCAUUGAUAGAGGUCCUGUUGUAUUGGCUGAAGAUUUCCUCGACAUCAUGGGCCAGCCAAUCAAUCCUCAGUGUCGAAUCUACCCAGAGGAGAUGAUUCAGACCGGCAUUUCUGCCAUAGAUGGCAUGAACAGUAUUGCUCGGGGGCAGAAAAUUCCUAUCUUCUCUGCUGCUGGCUUACCGCACAAUGAGAUUGCAGCUCAGAUCUGUCGCCAGGCUGGUUUGGUAAAGAAAUCCAAAGAUGUAGUGGACUACAGUGAGGAAAAUUUUGCAAUUGUAUUUGCUGCUAUGGGUGUAAACAUGGAAACUGCCCGGUUCUUCAAAUCUGACUUUGAAGAAAAUGGCUCCAUGGACAAUGUCUGCCUCUUUUUGAACUUGGCUAAUGACCCGACUAUUGAACGGAUUAUCACUCCUCGCUUGGCUCUAACCACAGCCGAAUUUCUGGCCUAUCAGUGUGAGAAACACGUAUUGGUUAUCCUAACAGAUAUGAGUUCUUAUGCUGAAGCACUUCGAGAGGUUUCAGCAGCCAGGGAAGAGGUUCCUGGUCGCCGAGGUUUCCCAGGUUACAUGUAUACAGAUUUAGCGACAAUAUAUGAACGCGCUGGUCGAGUGGAAGGUAGAAAUGGCUCUAUUACUCAAAUCCCUAUUCUCACCAUGCCUAAUGAUGAUAUCACGCACCCCAUCCCUGACUUGACUGGAUAUAUCACAGAGGGGCAGAUCUAUGUGGACAGACAGCUGCACAACAGACAGAUUUACCCGCCUAUUAAUGUGCUGCCGUCGUUAUCACGGCUAAUGAAGUCGGCUAUUGGAGAAGGUAUGACCAGAAAGGACCAUGCCGAUGUAUCUAACCAGCUGUACGCGUGCUAUGCUAUCGGCAAGGAUGUGCAGGCCAUGAAAGCUGUAGUUGGAGAAGAAGCCCUUACCUCAGAUGAUCUUCUUUACUUGGAAUUUCUGCAGAAGUUUGAGAGGAACUUUAUUGCUCAGGGUCCUUACGAAAACCGCACUGUCUUUGAGACUUUGGACAUUGGCUGGCAGCUGCUCCGAAUCUUCCCCAAAGAAAUGCUGAAGAGGAUCCCUCAGAGCACCCUGAGCGAGUUCUACCCUCGAGACUCUGCAAAGCACUAGCCGCCACUUCCCCGCUGGCUCGACACUCUUGUGAAAUAUUGGUUCUGUUUCCUUUAUUCCUUUUGCACUCCCCCAUCCCCACCUUUGUGUUGGAGUUUACGGUGUUAGCCUGUAAUUAAAAACAAAGAAUAGGUGACAUGUUGUGCCAGUGUUGCCAUGUCUUAAACUGCUAACAGACUUUAAAAUAUCCCCUAUUCAGAAAACCCGGAUCUUCAAUGCUUUGUUUAAAGUAGCUGCAGGGAUGGAGGUGAGGUUUUCUUACUGAUGUGUGUAUUUGUACAUAGUGGGGGUAGUUAGUUGCCUAAUAAUGUCCUCAUUAUUUGGGUCUCCCAGACCUUACCUCGCCACCUCCUGAAGAGUAUCACUAUGGGAAGUUAGAAUGCUUUGCUCUCCUAAUUAGGGCUGGGUCGGGGCGGAAAGAAGCCUCCCCUCAGAAGAGCCAGGAGGCUCUCUCCUGAGCUGAGCAUUUGGUUUCAGAUUGUUGGUACGCCUCUAGGGCUGUGCUGCUGCCCUAAGCAGAGGGUUUUCCCCGUCCACCUGCUCUUUGCUAUUUAAUGACUCGAUUAGAAAAGGAGUUUCCUUUUCCUCUUUAGUAGGUGUGACUUACUGCUCUCCCUGCCUCUGAGGAGCACAGAAGCCUGCAGCUUGUGCACAGCUGGCGUUGAUCUGAUAUGUGAGAUUGUCGUGAUCCUUACGGGGUCGCUAGUCAGAGGAAUCAUAAUGAAAAGAACUGAUAGAAUUCUUGCUUGGAAAGAGUUGGAAUAGAAUUUUAAAAAAAGAAGAAAGACUCCUAUACCCAGUCUACAUUUGGACAUGCUAAUAGGUGUAAAGUUCUGAAGUGCUUGCCAGAUGCUAAAGGCAAGGUGGGAGGAGAAAGCUGUCCUGUGUGUGGGUCUUGAAACUGUUAGAGAGCAGCCUUUGGUAAAAUCCCCUAUCGGGUCCUGCUUUCUGACCUCUCUCUGCCUCCACAGGGUAAUCUUGUGGCGCAAGUGACAGCAUUUAAAAGCUUUGUCCUUUUCAUUGCCGCUCCUUCCCGCUGCGAGCCCUGAGCUGUCUUCUAUGCACUCUGCCAUGUCAGCUGUGUGGUCUCUGUGUUCUUUGUUACUCGGGUGCAAUAGCGACUUCUCUGUGCAUUCCAUCUUUCAAGUUGUGUAAAGUUCUUCACUUUUUUCUCGGAGGGUGUGGGGUGGUGGGGGGGGAGUCAGCAUGAUUAUAUUUUAAUGUAGAAAAUGUGACAUCUGGAUAUAA